CCGCCUCCUGAAUGCCCGGCCACCUCCUCUGUUCUCUGGGGAGCUCUUCUGCUUCUGGCCUCAACUGCAGAGGGAAAGAGGAGAUAGCGAAAAGCUCCUCAGGGCGGCAUGCAAGCGGGAGGAAAAGCAGAGACUGCCUGUUGCUUCUUCCUUUUUCCCCAACACCUUGCAGUGCUGUCCGUAGUUGGUGCUUGCCCUCCUCCCCUCGGGAAGCUGCCGUGGUGGGAUGAGGUGCCUGAUGUUCAGGCUGGUGGGAGAGGAGCGGUACCUUGGCCUGGUUGGGUUCAAAAACGGAAGCUGAGUUUGAACGAUGUGGUUACUGCAUCUUAUCUCCCAUCUGAGCGGCCUGUGCCAACAGCGCUGGCUCAGGUUGACCGCGAAAAGAUCUACCAGUGGAUCAAUGAGCUGUCCAGCCCUGAGACACGGGAGAAUGCGCUGCUGGAGCUGAGUAAGAAGCGUGAGUCUGUGCCUGACCUUGCCCCGAUGCUGUGGCACUCAUUUGGCACGAUUGCAGCACUCCUUCAGGAAAUUGUAAAUAUUUAUCCAUCAAUCAACCCUCCGACUUUGACAGCCCAUCAGUCCAACAGAGUCUGCAAUGCUUUAGCUCUACUACAGUGUGUUGCAUCGCAUCCUGAAACGAGGUCAGCUUUUCUGGCAGCUCAUAUCCCUCUCUUCCUGUACCCCUUCUUGCACACAGUUAGCAAGACACGUCCAUUUGAGUACCUGCGGCUCACGAGCCUUGGAGUGAUUGGGGCCUUGGUGAAAACUGAUGAGCAAGAAGUGAUAAAUUUCUUACUGACAACAGAAAUUAUCCCCCUGUGCUUACGCAUUAUGGAGUCUGGCAGUGAACUCUCCAAAACGGUUGCUACAUUCAUUCUUCAGAAAAUUCUCCUGGAUGACACAGGGUUGGCAUAUAUCUGUCAGACUUACGAGCGGUUUUCCCAUGUUGCCAUGAUACUGGGUAAAAUGGUCCUGCAGCUCUCCAAGGAGCCGUCGGCACGGCUACUGAAACAUGUCGUCCGCUGCUACCUUCGCCUUUCCGAUAACCCCAGGGCACGUGAAGCUCUCAGGCAGUGCCUUCCUGACCAACUGAAGGACACCACCUUCGCCCAGGUCCUGAAGGAUGACACCACCACAAAGCGCUGGCUGGCUCAGCUUGUCAAGAACCUGCAAGAGGGUCAAGUCACUGACCCACGGGGCAUCCCUCUUCCUCCGCAAUGACUGCUGGGGGAGGUGGGGGACUGGGGAAGAAACAGCUCAGGUUUACAAAGAACCAGGAACAGGUGACCUCUUCUGCAACAAACUGGGCACACCAGCUGGCUGCCAGCUUGUCGGACCACCCCACCCAGCCAAAGGGCCGCUCUGUAGCAAUGCAGCAUGCCUCCGGGGAUCGCAACACCAGCAAAUGCUGAUACUACAGCUU